UUCUUGCCAGUGAAGAGCCCUGGUGAAACUGUGAGUUGAGAGGGCCCAGGGACUGCCAGCCUCUCGUCCCCCUCACAAACACGAUUCAACCUUCCACUGGUGGUGACCUGCCCUCCGGUGGGUCUUAGCAGCUGUUGGCAGUUUUGCACUAAAAGAAAACAAACUGAGGAAUGUACUUCCCUGCAUACUAACGAAAUGGCCCGGCCAACUCAGGGGUGAUGAGAAGGCUUUCGGAACCCAGGAGAAUAAUGAUCCUCAGUCUCUGACCUCCUGGCACGGCUUGCUGUUUAUCAGGAGGCACAUGUGACUGGCUAAGACGCUGAGCUGGGGCUUCAAGGAAACAGCUGCUGCUGGUGUACUUGGCUUUUGGCAGCUGGACAGGCAGAACACAGAGACAAAACCACCCCAGUUUUCCAAAGUACUUAUAAUUCAAGUUGAACAAAAUAACGCUGUGGAUUUUUUCCUUAAUGCACUUCCCAAUGAUGAUAACUGCCCUGAAAAUCCUUUCAUACUUGGAAAUCUAUUUAUGUAAAAACAACAGAAUUUUCUCGCAGUACAACUAAGAACAGAGGCUACAACUAGGCAGGAGGAGCACUGCCUCUCUCUACUGUGGAGAUGGUCUCCCUGGUGCUGAAAAUGUCUCCAAUGUUUUGACUGUGGCUCAGCAGCUAUGGAGUCCUGCAGCCUUGGGAAAGCAGCCACGUUAGAUGAACUGCUGAGCACUUGCAUUGAGAUGUUUGAUGACAAUGGAGAGCUGAAUAAUAGUUAUUUGCCAAGAAUUGUUCUACUGAUGCACCGGUGGUAUUUAUCCUCCACUGAAUUGGCAGAAAAACUUCUCUGCAUGUAUCAAAAUGCCAGUGGAGAAAGCUGCAAUGAGUUUCGAUUAAAGAUCUGCUGUUUCAUAAGGUACUGGAUUCUGAAGUUUCCUGCCGAGUUUAAUUUGGAUCUUGGUUUGAUUCGUAUGACUGAGGAAUUCCGGGAAGUAGCUAGUCAACUGGGAUACGAAAAACACGUCAGCCUCAUCGACAUAUCCAGCAUUCCUUCCUAUGACUGGAUGAGAAGAGUCACACAGAGGAAAAAAGUAUCCAAGAAGGGCAAGGCCUGUCUGCUGUUUGACCAUCUGGAGCCCAUUGAAUUGGCAGAGCACCUCACUUUUCUGGAGCAUAAAUCUUUUAGAAGGAUCUCAUUCACUGAUUAUCAAAGCUAUGUCAUCCAUGGCUGCUUGGAGAAUAACCCAACCUUGGAGAGAUCUAUUGCCUUAUUUAAUGGAAUCUCUAAGUGGGUCCAGUUGAUGGUCCUUAGCAAACCAACCCCUCAGCAAAGGGCAGAAGUCAUCACGAAGUUUAUCAAUGUCGCAAAGAAGCUCCUUCAGCUGAAAAAUUUUAACACCUUGAUGGCGGUGGUGGGAGGCCUUAGUCACAGUUCCAUUUCACGCCUCAAAGAGACCCAUUCCCAUCUUUCUUCAGAGGUUACAAAGAACUGGAAUGAAAUGACAGAGUUGGUUUCCUCCAAUGGCAAUUAUUGCAGCUACCGCAAGGCCUUUGCCGACUGUGAUGGUUUCAAAAUCCCCAUCCUUGGAGUACACUUGAAAGACUUGAUAGCGGUCCAUGUCAUUUUCCCAGACUGGAUGGAGGAGAACAAAGUGAACAUUGUGAAAAUGCAUCAGCUCUCCAUUACCCUGAGUGAACUAGUCUCCCUGCAGAAUGCCUCUCACCACUUAGAGCCCAACAUGGAUUUGAUCAACCUGCUCACCCUCUCUCUGGACCUCUAUCACACAGAAGAUGAUAUUUAUAAACUGUCCCUGGUGCUGGAGCCUAGAAAUUCUAAAUCGCAGCCUACCUCCCCUACAACGCCCACUAAGUCUGUGGUGCCCCUGGACUGGGCAUCUGGGGUGAUGCCAAAGCCAGACCCCACGGUCAUCAACAAGCACAUAAGAAAACUAGUUGAGUCUGUGUUUAGAAACUACGAUCAUGACCACGAUGGGUACAUCUCCCAAGAGGACUUUGAAAGUAUAGCUGCCAAUUUUCCCUUCCUGGAUUCCUUCUGUGUACUAGACAAAGAUCAGGAUGGCCUAAUCAGCAAAGAUGAAAUGAUGGCCUACUUCCUGAGAGCUAAAUCCCAGCUACACUGUAAAAUGGGACCAGGAUUUGUCCAUAACUUUCAGGAGAUGACCUAUCUCAAGCCAACCUUCUGUGAACACUGUGCUGGAUUCCUCUGGGGCAUAAUUAAACAAGGAUACAAAUGCAAAGACUGCGGAGCCAAUUGUCACAAACAGUGCAAAGAUCUCCUGGUUCUGGCCUGCAGGAGAUUUUCCCGGGCACCCUCCUUGGGCAGCAGUCAAGGGUCCCUGCCUGGAAGCCCCUCGCUGCCCCCAGUGCAAGAUGAGGUGUUUGAGUUUCCUGGGGUCACUGCCGAACACCGGGAUCUGGACAGCAGAGCCAUCACGCUGGUUACAGGCUCUUCUCGCAAGAUAUCCGUGAGGCUACAGCGGGCCACGACCAGCCAGGCCACCCAGACUGAACCUGUCUGGUCUGAGGCUGGUUGGGGGGACUCAGGGUCCCACACCUUCCCCAAAAUGAAAUCCAAGUUCCAUGGCAAAGCAGCAAAGGACAAAGGCUUUGCCAAGUGGGAAAAUGAGAAGCCCAGGGUGCAAGCAGGUGUGGAUGUUGUAGACCGGGGCACCGAGUUCGAGCCUGACCAGGAUGAAGUCCUGGAUGAGACGAGACAGGAUGGUGAGGAUGGCUGACUUCAGGCUGGGGAAACUGAGGCAAUUGUGUUGGCUUUGGAAAGGAGCAAGAUGAGAAACUGAAAAGCACUCCCAUCUCAGGAAGUAAUCUGGAAAGACAUCUGGAUGUUUACUGCCUUGACAUUGUGUGAUCACCACGGUUGGUCAAUGGGACAGAGAAUUUACCCAAAUAAUGAACUAUUUAUGUCCUCCUCCCUGCCCCCGGUUAGGUGCCACCUAGACUGCUAUGUAGCUAGUAGUUUUCUCAUUAUUUUUCUCUAGAGCCAAUUAUAUACGGGUGAAAUGAAGACUUCUGUGCACACACUUGAUACUAACUCUCAAAAUUCAGCCUUUGCUUUUUUGUGAGGAUAUUUCAAUUCUGUGUACUUUUUGGAUGGGACCAGUGCUUAAUGUUUUCUUGGGGGACAAGGAAGUUUUUCAGACCUGGAAUGCAGCGGCUCUUCUAGUGAAGAUUACCUGCAAGGAGAAGCUGUUUACGUUGUUCCUGCUGCACAGUUGCUAUGAUGUAUAGUGAGUUACAUGUAUCUGUCACUGAAGUCUUACUAACUCUGAGUCAAUAAGGGGCUAUGAAUGUGCCCUAAUAUUUAUAAUAGCCGUGGGACAAAAUUAACUACACUUUCCCCAACUGACUGCAUACUCUGUCUUCUUUAGAUUCCUGAAAUAGGAAUGGCAAUUGAAAAAUUUGUUUUGGAGAAUAAAAUUUAGUAGAAAAAUCACUGAACAAACCACUAGGUGAAAUGCAAAAUGACUGCCAGUUUUUAAAAGUCCAAAGUAAUUCUAAAGUUUGUUAAAAAAACUUUUGGUUCUGAAAGAUAACUCUUGUACUCUUCCUAAUAAAUUGCCAUCCAUAAGUAGACUAUUCAUUAAAAGAAAGCCAUCAUAAAUCACCUUUACUAUUUCACUUAAACUAUUUUCCUUUGACCCAGAAUAUCUAGAUGUGGGUGGAUUUCUUAAAUUGUUAGAGAGAGAACUUGAUUCAAGAUGUCCCAAAUAGAAGCCAGGUGUUCUCAGUGGACACUUGUAAUCCCCAGCACUUAAGAGGCUGAGGCAGGAGGAUCGCCUCAAGUUCAAGGCCAGCCUGGGCUACUAGAAAGACCCUGCCUCAAAAAACCAAAUAAAGAAAAAAAAAAAAAAAGCUGCUGAAGGAGAUAGAAUUGAGCCUGUGGGUGAGGUGAACAAUUUCUACAUGUGACCUGUCAGCAACUGUUACACAGAGGUACAUGGUCCCCAUAUUACAAGGCUAUUUUUUGUGCAUAGUCCAUGCAAAACUGAUUGUUCUUGUGGCAGACACUUUUUCCCUCUUUCCCUCACUGUGGACACUUGCUGAGUUCUGGACAGGUUCUGUGCAAAAGGCACAAAGACGGGUGGGAUUGGUCUCCGCCUGGGGAAUGGAGAGCAUGGGGACACCAAGGCAGGUGGUUCCCAGGAUGUAAAUCCGGCUGUGAUGAAGCUAGAACCCACCGGCUGUACAGACCUCCCGGGCAAACUGCCACCCUCUGAGAUGAAAUACCUGUUAACAAAACUGAAAACAAAAUGGUAACUUAAGCACAGGAACCCUUUGUUGUGUUAUUAUUAUUAUUUUUAAAGGAAGUAAAUUCAGGAAGAAACCUGUUAAUGUGGGACUGUUCUUUUUCUUCUCAAAGGAAUUAUUUCACUUCACACUUAAAUUGCAUAUUUUUGUGUUUUCAUAUAUAGGAAGAGUUUCAUAUUGUCAAUCUUCCUAUGACAAAGAUACUAAAUGUACCCUAAGUAAAAAAUAAACACAAAAGAAACCAAACAUGUAUAUAAAGUAGGUGUGCAUAUUGUGUGGGUAUACACAAACACAAACACACAACUAUUAUUAGUUUGUGGAAGAGGAACUCAAAUCCAUAAGGAAACUGCAUGGUAAUUUUUAUUACAUCAUUUUCUCAUAACCAAUGGUGAUUCUGAUGUCUCUCGUCUAUCAGUUUCCCAUAAUUAGUAAAAUAAACACAACAGGCAAACCCAUGAAGGCGCAAAACCAUCACCACGGAUGUUUCCUCCAGACCUUUGUUUUGUAGGUCUAUCACUGUUGCCUUUAAAGUCAAAACCAAAACCAAGCGAGCAUUAGGUAUGAGGCCAGGGUUUAUUAGAUGCAUCAUCCGUCGAGUCUUCACAGAAGGAUGUACACGUUGGAAUGAAGCGUGUGUAGAUCUGCCCGAAGCAGAGCGGCCCUCAGCGACGGCUGCCCUCUCAGACAAUACUGUCCCCAGUUUCCACAGUAACAGCACCUCCCGGGGAGGAGUCUGCUGUUUAACUGAGGGGAGAACUCCUACAGAAGGGUGCACUAAAUUGUUCCUGGUAGUAAGAAGCUUAAGUAUCCCUAAGAUAAACACAACGACUUUGCCAAAAUUAAUGACUCCCAGAUUAGAAUGGCUGAGGAGUUAAAUUCAGUCAAAUCAUAUUACCAAAUCAAACCUUUGGCCUGCAAUUCAUAACCACAUUUUUUCCCCCACUACUGGGAACAUAAACUUGCCUUCACACUGAGCUAUAUCCCCAUCCCUUCUUUGUUCUAUUUUUUAUUUUGAGACACGGUCUUGCCAAGAUGCCCAGACUGGGCCUGAAUUUGCCGUCCUCCUGCGGACGCUGCAGCAUGCUGGGAGGACAGGUGUGCACCACCGCGCCUGCCUACAGCACCGCUGUGCGCUCUUUGCCGCGGGGCUCGUGAGAUGCUGGGCACUCUGGGCUCAUCGCUCUGAACCUCGUUUCUUCAUCUGAAAGAAACUCACUUCACCACCUUCCCCUGCUACCUUGGAGUCACUGCAAUGAGCAAGACAGGGCUGGGGGGUAGCUCGGUAGUAGCGCACUUGCCUAAGGUGCAAGGCCCUGAGUUUAAUCCCCAGUAUUGCAAAAAGAGAAAAAACAAUUCCUUAAUAAAGCAUUCAGGAUUACUUUAUUGUUCUUAUUUUGUUUUGUUUUUGGUACCGGGGAUCGAACUCGGGUCCUUGAGCUUGCGAGGCAGGCGCAGGAACCGCCGAGCUAAAUCCCCAGCCCUCAGCAUUACUUUAAAAAGCAAGAUCAAGCCAGGAAACACAUUAAACGUUAUCUGUAAACAUCUUAUAGGUUGAGAGCUGGGCAGGAUGGUGCAGGCCUAUCAUAACGGCACUCUGGGAGGCUGAAGAAGGAAGGUUGCCAGUUCAAGUCCCAACUGGGCAACUUAAAACCUGUCUCAAAAAAAAAAAA